UUUGGCUAGCGUUUGGUCUGGUACCAUUUUUGGCUCGCCAUCAUCGACUUGGGCGCGCCCGCGUACCGUUUUCGCCAACUCGCGGGCGAAACAGCGGCGCGGAAAUCAGCCGCCAAAAUAUUGGCUGCCAAAUCUGGCGCGAGCCAGCCACCGUGAUAUAAAAGGCACGAUUGAUUUUUCCCCACCUGUUCGCCACUUUCCCCAUCUCUCUUCUUAUCUCCACGCACAGAAGCGCUCUCGAUCCAAUCACCGGGCGGCCGCGUUCUGCGUCGGUGCCAGCUUCUCCGGCGGCCGGCGACCGGCGACGCUGCUCCACCUCUCGCCCUCCUCUCCCAGUCAAGCUACGCUCCAAGAUGGACAUGGAUCAACAAAGAUAUUAUUAUUACAACAUGUUGAAGCGGAGAACUCUCUGUGUUAUUGUUCUACUCUUGGCCCUCUGGUAUAGAAGCAGAGAUGGUAGAAAAUUUAGAGGUAAAGGCAGGAAGUAUGGUCCAUUAGUUCAGAGAGACAUCUACAGAACUAAUGUACUAAUUAGGCUCUUUGACACAUCGGAUGCAACAUGCAUCAAGCAAUUAAGGAUGACUCGAGCUGUAUUUUACAAGCUAUGUGACAGGCUUAGGCAGAAGGAGUUGUUAAGUGACACAUUUCAUGUUUCGGUAGAGGAACAAGUUGCAAUGUUCCUAUACAUGGUCGGUCAGCAUCACACAAAUUCAUCUGUUGGAUUUUGGUUCUGGCGAUCUAGUGAAACAGUGAGCAGAUAUUUCAAUAUUGUCCUGCGUGCGAUGGGGGAGUUAGCACGUGAUCUAAUUUAUAUUAGAUCGACGGACACACACACAAAAAUCACUAGCAGCCCGAACAGAUUCUACCCGUACUUUGAGGGAUGCAUAGGGGCACUAGAUGGCACUCAUGUUAAGGCUUGUGUUCCUGCUCACAUGGUGGACAAAUUUAGGGGCCGCAAGUCAUAUCCCUCCCAAAAUGUGCUAGCAGUUGUUGACUUCGACCUUCGGUUCACAUAUGUUCUAGCUGGUUGGGAGGGCUCUGCCCAUGAUUCUCUUGUGCUAAAAGAUGCCCUCUCACGUCCAACAGGUCUGAAAAUACCUGAAGGUCAUGGGGAAGCAAAAGCUCACUAUAAAGACCGAGGAGGAGUCAAAUCCUCGUGAGAAGUACAUAACCUGGACUGACGAGGCGACAAGGUUUAUGCUUGAUUGGUACAUUGAGCUUCGUAAGGACAAACCUGCAACUUUCAAGUUCAAGAAACAACACCACUUGCACAGUGCUGAUGCUUUGAAUGGCAAGUUUUCUCUUGGUGUCACUCAAACCCAAGUGGACCGACACUACCGGUCAUGCAAGGAGAAGUGGGGCUGGGUGCGUCGCGCCAUGGCCAAUAGUGGCAACGGCUUUGACAGGAUUAAUUUCACAUUCACACUUUCUGAGUCAGAAAAACAAAACCUAAGUAAAACUGCAGUCAAUUAUCUUACUAGACCCAUCAGGUUUUUUAAUCAAUUGCAAGAGUUAUUCUCUGACCAGUCCCAUGCUGAUGGCUCGCUUGCAACUGACCAAACCACUGUCAAUGUGGAUGAUGAUAGUGAUGACAGCGAGGAAGUGAGGGAACUUGAAGCCAAUCUAAUUCCAGUUGACAGUGAUGAAGCUGACUCUGACACUAUUAAUCGUCAUAGUCCUAAAGUUGACUUGGAAGGCAAUUCUUUAAACAAGAAGAGCAAGCACGUGUCAUCUUCACCUUCCAAGAAGCCAACUAAGGGGAAAGCAAACAAGAAGGGCAAGAUAUCUAAUGAUGAUAUGGCAGCCAGUAUCAAGAAGCUAGCUGACUCUCUUGCAUCUCCUAUUGUUUCUGUGCAACCAAUGCCACCUACAGAUCCAUAUGCAAACCUUUGGAAGCGGAUAAAUGCCCUUACCAUACCAGCUAAGGAUAAACUUGAGAUUGUAGCAUAUCUAUCCAAGCCAGAUCAAGAUAUCUUUCGUAGUUACCUCAACUAUGCUGAUGAAACAAUUCUUGGACAGUGGGUCCUUAGCUUCUUCGAGCCUCGGUUUCAAGAAGAUGGUGGCAAUGGUGGAUCUGCAACUGCUCACUGAAUGGCCACAUGACUAGAUAGAGAUUGCGGCUUCCUUUUGUUUACCGCUAGGAGCAUGGGUAACAUACAUCAUGCAUAUUUUGUCUAUAUAGAGCAGGCUGGGUGCAUCAUAUUUUGUUUAUAUGGAGCAGACUUGGUGCUAGUCUGACUAGUAUGACUUACUUGGUCUGGUAAAGACUUGGUUACUAUGUGAAUUUUAUUUAGCCUCCUUGAUGAUUAAUCUGAUGUAUCGAACAAUAUGAGUUAUCUAAUGUAUUAGUUGAACCAUGUCAUUGUCAAUUUAUGAAAAUGCAUGCUUACAGUU